AUGAGUUCUACGAGCAAGGCAUGGACGGUGGCGGCAACCAUCGGAGUAGUGGAGGCAUUGAAAGACCAAUUAGGUGUUUGCCGGUGGAACUACGUCCUCCGUUCGAUGAAUCAGCAUCUCCGGAAUAACGUCAGACCCGUUUCUCAGACCAAGAGGCUCUCUUCCUCUUCAUCGUCCGCUGCUUCCGCAGCCGUUACCUCCGGUAAGGUGAAGCAGGCGGAGGAAUCGCUCCGGACGGUCAUGUACUUGAGCUGUUGGGGUCCCAAUUGA